AUGAUCGAAUUCCCGUGUCCAAUAGAUCUCUCUACCUUAGGGGGUGGUGAUCGAUUCAACGGCUCGACCUCUAUCGACGUCGAGCCGUGCAACGGCGUGAAGCAGUCCAUUGGACUCCGCAACUUGGCCGCUCUAUUGCUAACUAUUGCCAGAUACUUGCAGAUUACUGUACCACCUUUAGCCGUAUUUCUGAAGUCCUGUACCUCCCAGAAGAGUGAGCCUGGGCAACGUCGUGGUGUCGAACAGGACAUACACAUAUUUGAAAUGGACGGCCGUGAAGGACGAAGAAGGCCUGGGGUGGGCUGGCAGUCACCUCCCCUUAACUUCCAAUCCGACGCAGACUUCGGUCUGGGAGAGCCCACGGGACACGAAAUGUUGAACAAUUUUCAACAAGAACUCCACACCAAUGCCCUAUUCGAUCAGAGUGUUGGAAAUGCCGGUUUCAAUACGGAUCCAAAUCGCCAGUGGGCCCACCAAGCUCACAUGUUUUCAUAUCCUCGAAAUCCAACGCUUAUCCCAAGUUAUCUGAGCCAGCCUCCCCAGGGUUUCUACGAAAACGAACCGUUUAUGCACAAUCCAAACAUGAAUGGGGCCUUUUCUACAAGUGUUGCAAAUGAUGCCACAGAGUUCCUGUCCUCCAGAGAUGAGCCAUACGGCUACAACAAUGCCACGGUCUACCAAAACGGGGGUUCUGCAUACGCAGAACCUCCUAAUACCUUCGUAGCUCGUCAAAAUCCUUCUUCCUUCCUGUCUAGCUACCAGAGCAGGCAUCGCCAAGAAACAUUUGCCGACAGUUCUUUGACCGCAGAGAAUGAAGAAUUUGGAGAAUCUAGUCGGCUGUCUGAAGAAGAAGAAGAAGAAGACCUUGACGAUGACUCUACCACUCGCCUGAAGAGUCCGGUCAUGUCUACGCCAGCCAAGAAGAAGCCUGCGAAGGAGGAGCCUGCAAAGGAGAGAAAGGGGCUACAACCUUUCGCUGUCACCGAGGCUGAGCUUGUAGUUAUCAGAGAUGGCUAUGAGCCGCAUACUGCUACUGGGCAGCACAAAAGAAAACGCAGGGUCUGUCUGACUCUCUCUGAAUAUACUGCACUUAUGCAGCUUCGCAAGAAGCCGUUCUCGCAGGAUGAGUGGAACAGGCACGAUACUUUCCCAAGCGGGCCAAAGCGGUCAUACCGCAGAAGAAACAGAGUCAGAGUCAGCCCCUCGACUCCAUAUCAAUUUGCUCGCACUGAGAGAGCUAGCACUGUCGCAAAAAAAGAAGAUGCGCUUCUCAAGAAGAGUCCCAGACCACAUAGAGCGGCUACCAAAGAACGCCGUGAGCAUGGCUAUGGAGACAUCUUUGAGGACGAGGUUGAGCCAAAGAAGUCUGGUAAUGGAAGCAAUGCCGGUAUGGACUACUCAGAUGACGAUUCGGAUUUCAGCGACUUCCAAAUCAAAACACCAGAGUCUGAGACGCCUCCCAUGACAACUAGCUAUUCUCCAGUCAAGAAUGGCUUGUUCACGACCUUCCAUACCAACCUCCCACCGACCUCAUCGCAGCCACCGAUUCCUAUUGUACCUCGCGGAACAAAGGUUAAGCAAGGCAAACACAGAUUCGACCACGGCCAGAUCCAAGAACACCUCACCAGAGAUGAGCUUAGGCAGAUCCGCCCCGGCUAUGGGGUCAUACCUGCUCUUCAUGUGAAGGCAUUUGACCGACCACAAAAUCCGAGCCUAGCCAGCUGUUUGGGCCCAAGAGGACCAAAUCCCGAGAUGCGAAGAAUCCGCAUCACAGUGGAUGAAUGGACCAAGCUCUGGGAGUUGCGCGGCGAGUUCAGAAACUAUGAAAAAUACUAUAAGGGCCGCAUCCCGUACGAGGAGAGAAUGCGUGGCAAUGCCAAUCUGGAGAGAUCUUUGGCGCGAAAGAGACAGGGCAUCACGUACCGUGCCAAGCGGGAUGGUCAACAGCUCAUGCCAGGCAUGAAGAAGCUCCGAGAUGCCGCUGAGAAGUCAGCCAAAGUCAAGGACGAGGAGGGUACUGAGACGGCGGUCAAAGACUCGGAUGCAAGCCAACAGGAGGAACCUGCCGAGAGCAGUGAUGCGAAAGUCAAAGAAGAUGAGACGUACGAUCAAGAGCAAGACGCGCACUACGACAUCUUCGAUGAUAUCUACGAUGCUGAUUGA